AUGGAUUUUUACAAACUUAACGAGAUUGAAGACUGGGCGUGUAUAAAGGUUGUAAAGUAUUACCGUGCGAACUCGGGACAAAAAACUUGGACAAAAGUACUUGACAAAAUAAAAAAGGAUCUCCAAAUUGUGGCAUCAGACCCAGCCUUUGACGCGAGACGCAAAAGAAAAGCUCAGGAAAUUAUAGACAGCUGGAAGAUUUGGACCUCCCCGAUGAAAAGGAAUGGUUCGCAGUAUAAUCUUAAGUAUCAGAAGGUGGAGCAACAAGUGCUUGCGACUGGAAAUGCUGUGUCUGUCGAUAAUCGUCGUAUAAUCGAAAAACGUCGACAAGAAGAUCAAGAUGAUAGAGAGGAAACAUUGGACGAAAGAAAUAAAACUCCAUUGACAAGAAGAAAAAGUCAUUUUUAUGGCGAAUCGAUAACAGAUGACGAUGCUUCUGAAAAUUCUUCUUCUAGUAGUUUAGAUGAGCUAAACGAUGAGUUGGUUACUCAAAAGAACGACCACUUUGAUGAAAAUCAAGAUAUUCAAAUUGACAAUCAGAACUCUUCAACAUUAACAGCUUCAAGUACCAUUGAAACAGAUGUGGAAUCAAAUCAGAAAUCGUUAAAAGAUCUGCUUGGUGGCAAUCUUUAUUGCUCAGAAAAUAUGAAAUCCAUCUGCCAAUACCAUGAUACACUAUAUCCUGAUGAAAAUUUAAUAGACUUACGGCCAAAUUCAAACUAUUUCAAGAAACUUCCUUUCAAAAUUCUGGAACCAUAUUUUAAAGAGCUUGACGACAAAAUUGAAAAUUUAAUUCCACUAAAUAUUCACGAAUUCCUGAUAGAGUUUUUUCAUCAAGAUUUGACCAGCGAGGAAUGGCACAUCAAGAUUGAUGAUCUACGCUGUUUAGAUCAAAAUGAUUGGCUAAUGGUAUCUGUUAUACGAAUUUUGCGCAGAACACUACCUCCAUUCAUCAUGGCGUUUUCUAUGGGAGCUCGAAAUCCACUACUUAACUUAGCUACAUUAGAAAAACCACAUUUAAACUCUUUUGUCCACCCAUGUCUACAGGCGUCUCUUUGGUAUAUUUCAGCAAUAUGCUAUGAAUUCGGAGAAAUUGGAUCAAAAAAUCACGUAAAACGUGAAUGCGCCGAUGGCGUAGGACACCUAAAUACUGCUGAUAAAUUUCAGCUAGUUUAUAUGGAAGGCUCAAGAAUAAAUGCUAAAAAUGACAAAGAAAUAACGGAUGCCUCCAAAAUAUCUAAUAACCUUCAAACCAUUUUUAUAAAUAUAAUAAAAGAUAACAUAAAAUGUAGACGCAGAUUUCCCAAAACACUUGCUGUUUUCGGUGGGCAAAGUUUCCGCCUUAGAAUUCACCUACAAUUUUUAAACUAUUGUGAAGGAAAGUUCUGUCUGAAUGAAGUGGAUAAUGCGAAUCUUCCACGUGACUUCACAGAGAUGGCGGACUUUGUGUUCUUUUAUGAAUGCGUGAUAAAGUGGGCCUUACUGGCUCGGGAAGUAAAGGAAGGUUUCGAAAAAUCAAGGUCCCAACAAAGGCCUUCGAGAUCUCCUACAUUAAUAGCUUGA